AUGUCUUUACACAUAUCAUUAUCGUUUUUUAAAUAUUAUGUUCAAUUUCUAACAGAAUAUUUCAUUUAUUUGUCUACUAUGAUGUUUGUCUAUCGAAGUUUUCAAGUUUUCGGACCUAGUCGUUUAGCUACACAACAAUGCAUUAGACGACUAUACUCAACAGAACUCGAUGCUCAUGACUAUGCAUUUAUGGGAGUGGGAGCCGACACGAGUGCGAUACGUGGGGUACUGGAGAAGUCUCAAGGCAUCGACAGGUACCAUUCAAGAAUCUACUUUCGCCUGCUGGUUUCAACACGUGAAGAGCCAAAUAUGGUUUAUGCACAAGCUGGUGAAAACAAAGUCGUCGGAUGCAUUUGUGAGAAAGACAGCAAACAUGUGAAUUAUUGGAUUUUAAAAAACGAUGGAAAAGCUAGACGAUGCGAAUGCGAACAAUGGUUCAAAGUGGUGGAUGCUGAACCAGAAAGUGUCUGA